GAGGAGAGGGGCAGUGACUCCCAGGGCUUAGAGGAGGCUGGCGGAGGAGGGGACUCCUUGACCCAGGCCCAGACAGGGGGGUCGAGGCACUGCAGGGCCCACAGUUCAGUAGCCGAGGAGGGGGCUCCACUCCUGGUGGAGGUUGGGGUCCAUCAGAGACACAAGACCCCAUCCCACCACAGCCCUGGUGGCACCUCCUGCAGUAGCACUAAGGCAGGAGAAGGAUCAGAUGAGGGAGGAAGAGGAGGAGGAAGAGUAGGAGUGGCCAGUGCCUCUGGUUCUCCUGCUCUUAUCCGUCUGCCAGCGGAGUUCUUCCACCCCGUGGCAGCAGCGGCCCUGCCGGCGCCCCCCAGGGCCAGAGUAGGGCGCCCCUCACGGGGCCUCAGACUCACCUCCCCGGCCUCCUGGUCCUCCCUGCGCUCCCAAGGAGCCCACAGCCGGGUGCUCUGCACGCAGUACCCGUCCCAUAGUGACUCGUCUCUGGCCAAGGGGAGCUCCGAUGGCAGCCUCCAGACCACCCUAGAGGAAGGACUCAGCUUCAGUGUUCCGCCCCCUCAAGACCUGGUGUCCCCCCUCCCUCCUCUCCCCCUGCUCUGCCCCCCGCUCCCUGAGGACCCCACCAGCUGCCCAGCAGGCCAGACUCUGAGACCGCGGCCCAGCCCCUCGUCAGGCCCUGCCCUCACCCUCCAGGCCACUCGGGGCCACCAGCGGAGCCAGAGCAGCGGCAGGGGUAGCAUCAGCCCCGGCUACACCCGGGAAGACUCCAUGGACCCCGUUCCAUGUGACCUGGAGGACCUGGGCAUCGGGAUCAGUUUGUCUAUCGGGGGGUGUGGCUCCAGCCAGGCGGGCAACAGCGAACACUUGUCGGAGACGCUAAGCAGUCUGUCGCUCACAUCGUUGCUCUCGCCCGCCUCCCUGGCACCCUCGGGGGUGAAGAAAUGCAACAGCACUGGGAGCUUGAAUCAGGGGGCGAGGAGGGGGGAGGGGAGACAGAUCCUAGGGUUGGAGUUGGACCACCAGGGCUUCCUGGCCAACCCUUGGGGAGAGAGUGGGGGAGGCAGAGGAGAGGAGGGACAGUUGGGAGAGGCGCCGGACCUCAAGGGGAAAAGCUCAAGCCAAACAACAGUAGGGUCCUGUAGUAAAAACAGAUGAAGCCUGAAUCCCUUGUUGUCUACUACCGCUCCUAUUAGGAUUCAUCAACCCCUUACUGUUCCUCUCCGUCCCCCUCAGGCAGAGAGAAGUUUGACGUUUUUGACAACGUGUGAUGUAAUCCCGUGAAUUCCUAUAACCAAACCCCUCCCUCUCGCUCUAUAAAUAUUUGUUUAUGACCCCCCCUGUCCCAUUUUGUGCUACUCUGUGGCAGUGGUUCAGGUGUGGAGGGUCAGAGGUCAAACGGUGGAAGGUUAAAGGGGAUUACAGGUGUGACCCCUGUGGUGGGGGGCUGGGAUGGACCCCCCAUCAUACCCCUGUGGAGGAGAAGGACCCCCAGAGGAGGAGACAGACCAGGAGGGCUGCAUCAUCAUAUCAGGGAGAUAUACAUAGAAGACGUAGCCAGAGACAAGCUGAGACAGAGAUCUAACGAGAACAUUUUGUCUGAACGUCGUUCCUGUUUUCCUGUUUGUUUUCAUUUUUUGUUUGGCUUCACAGAAGUUUAAAAUGCAAAAAUAGAAUAUCUAACAAAACUGAGCUGAUCAAGCCAACAGAUUUGAUUUAUUUUUCAGUGUGGCUGUAAAUCACAGUGUAGGAGGAGGCUGUAUGUACGUUGCAGUGUAGGAUGAGCCUGAAUGUACGUCACGGUGUAGGAGGGCUGAAGCCAGAUCUGUUGUGGUAGACGGAGGCUACAGGUCCUUGUGUGUGGAGUGGAAGAGGGGUGAGGAGGUCUAGGUUGAACAGAGGUAGUGUAGAGGUCACCUGAGAAGGAGUUGUUAUAGUGGAAGAGCUGAGACUUAGGUAGCAAAAGCAUGCGUUAACUUAUCAUCACCAUCACCUAACCCCUUCCCUCCAUCGGUACUUUUCAGGAAGGAGUGUGUGUGUGUGUGUGUGUGUGUGUGUGUGUGUGUGUGUGUGUGUGUGUGUGUGUGUGUGUGUGUGUGUGUGUGUGUGUGUGUGUGUGUGUGUGUGUGUCUAUGUGAUAGUACAACAGGAAAAAGAGAGACAGAGAGAUAGAGACCAUACUAAGAUCCCACUCAUGCAUGCAACAGUUUGUGAAAUAGGCUCUUUUAUCCCAACGUCACUCACUCAGAGAGAAGGACAGGGAGUGAAUGAGAGAGACAGGUCAGCCUGCUAUAUUCACUCACAGUAGCAAAUUCUCUCUGUCAAAGACACUGACCCUCCUGAGACAAACAACCUGAGGAGACGAGACGAGCACCAUUCACUCUGGGAGAUGAAAAACUCACACCUGCAUACAGUUGCUUCACAAUGGAAGGUGUGUGAAAUUCAAACCUGUCACUUCUUUCUCUUUGUCACUUUGCCAAAGUAAGAAAGGAAGAAUAUAUCAGAGAUAUGAAUUCCAGACCAAUAGAACCUCCUAGAAGAUGGAGGCAGUUUGCCUGCAUGAUGGAAUUAUUGCAUUUUACCCAAGAGUUUUAAUAUAUAUACCGAAGUGUAUCAAGAUGUCAAUGUUGGGAUGAUAAUUAUAAAGUGGUUUCUAUUCCAAUAUUUUUUUAGAAUACAGAAUAGGAGCGUGACAGUGUUGUCAUGACUUUGUCCUUAACCUAUACCUUACCCGUACGAUUUCUCGUAUAACUUAUUGUCGAAAACCAUUUGUCUGCAAGUGGCUUUCAGUUUUAUAAUGUGGGGUUAAAAAUAUAUACUUUUUAUUAUUAAAAGUGUGUGGAGAGAACAACCAAGCAAAAAAAAUGUAAAUAAGCUCUGUGUGCUGAAGAAAAAGUUCCCUUGGGGACACGUAACUUUGGGAAUUUCGGUUCCUCCUGGAAUUUUGGAUUUUGGAAUCCCAAAUGAAGACCAAAGGAGGGAAGGGCCAUAAUUUCACAGCACAGGAGAACAUUUCCUAAUCACAGACAUUCCCGGGACGAACAGGGAACGUUGUCGCUUAGCUUAGCCUCCUAUGCUAACACCAAGAUGAAAAAACAUUGCUGAUCUUUUUGAAAGCUUUAAUUUGAGUGUCAUACCAAUACAUGAUGACACAUCUAAUUAUUGACACAUCAAUGUUCCUUAGCAUGGUUAUGGGAUUGCAAUAGGAUGCUUCUCCUUGUUUAAAAGAUACGCAAUUCACUCACCCCCUCUAUCUCUCUCUCUAACACACAUCUGUAGUAGCAAACCCUAGUUUUGAUAUCAAGCUGUCACUGUAACGAUGAAUAAACAUUGCAUCUUUUCCCAACCUUUUGGUAUGCCACUCAGUACAUCUGAGAUGAAGUGGCCAUCUUAGCCUGACCUAGAAUACACUUUUGGAUCCCUGGUGGGUUUUUUUGGGGGGGAGGGUUCUCAUUGAGGUGAUGAGCAAAGUUCGGUUUGACCUGUUUAAUGAACUUCAUUGACAUUUAAUUGAAUCACUGGUGAUUGUCUUUAACAUGUUUGUAACAUGUGGGAUAUCAGUGAGUGAUUAUUGCUAUGGGUUGUCUGUUACUAUAACUUCAGGAGAUGCCACUUUAUUAUUAUAGUCCACACCUGGACCGUCUUGGUUAAUGGUGGUGGGAAUAGGUAGAAGUUGCCCCUAACCACUGAUACAAGGUCAGAUAUUAGUUCAUCCCCUUAAUCUUUAAGGUUAGAAUAAAGGGUUGGGUAAUCUGAUUCUAGAUCUGUGGUUAGGGGCGACCUCAACCUCCAGGUGUAAAACAUGAGCGUGUGGGUUGACAGGAACCAUAACGUGACCUUGAAGGGCUGUUUUAGCUUCAAAGAUGUUCUCAUAAAUGACCAGAUAAAUCUCUAAGUCAAUGAAUAUGGCAUCAAAGGUAAGCCCAACGGCACAGCAAUAAAUGUUCUUGUGUUUGCCCUGAGUA